CUCUGUUGGAGUGAACUUGUGGGUGGGGACUGGGGAGUAAAGGAAAGACCUGCAGUGCAUAUGUACGAUUUACGUUGUCGCAAUUUCUCUUGAGUUACAGAAACCUAGGUGCUCCUCACAAUGGAGAGCUAACAACUUGCUCUCAAGAGUGCCGUUGUGGUACCACAAGGACUAGCAAAAGAUAGUUUACGAUAGCUGGUCCUUAUUAAAAAUUGCCUUUCAAAAGGACCGUUGUAAUAGGCUACAGUCCCAUCCUAAACAGGUUUCAGGCAGAGUUUGUGGACAGUCAUGAAAACAUUAAUAAUCGGGAUUGGUGGGAUGACUAACGGAGGGAAGACCACUCUGAGCAAAGCUCUGCUGGAGCGAUUGCCCAACAGCUGUGUCAUGGCCCAGGAUGCGUUCUUUAAGGACGACAGUCUGGUUCCUGUGGAUAGCCAUGGAUUCAAGCAUGCUGUCAGCUCUACACAUGGACAGGAUGAUGGAGGAGGUAGAGGCCUGGCGUCAGGACCCGCGGGCCUUCAUGGCAUCUCGUCGUGGCGCUGGUCAUCUGCUCCCCCCUGCGGUUGAUCAGCAGGUGUUUGUGCUCAUCAUCGAGGGCUUCCUCAUCUUCAACUACAGGCCGUUGAAUGAAUUGAUGAACAGGAGAUACUUUCUGCAGAUCCCCUACAAGACUUGCAAGCAGAGACGGAGCUCAAGGGUCUACACCCCUCCUGACCCUCAGGGCUACUUUGACAGACACGUGUGGCCAAUGUACCUGAAGAACCGACAGGAAAUGGAGGAGAUGGUCGAAGACCUAGUUCUUUUAGAUGGUCUAUCUGAGAGAGAUGAGCUGCUGUCCAGUGUGCUUCGGGAUGUCACAGCAGACAUAGAAGCUCUCAGACAGAGAUGAGAUGAGAUGAGUCUGCCUCCGCUGGAGACCUGGAUGAGUGAGAUCAGAUGAGAGGAGAUGAGAUGAGAUGAGUCGAGUCGAGUCUUCCUCCGCUGGAGACCUGGGCUCCCUCAGGCUCAAACUGCACAUACAGCCAUAAACGUCAUCUCAACUUACGACCCACUAUGUUCACGUUUCUUAUCACAUAUUUUCUUCUAUCCUAUUUUUUUUCUUCAAUUCUUUUCUUAAUUUCUUACAAUUCAAUGUCAUUUCUUUCUCUCUGUCUUUCUCUCUCCCUCUUUUCUCUCUCUCUCUCUCUCUCUCUCUCUCUCUCUCUCUCCUGAUCUCUCUCUGAGCCAUGAUGGAGUCUAUUGAAGACUAUGGGUCAUUUGUGAUGGCACAUGUUCUGUUGGAGACCUGGAUGAGUGAGUUGAGUGAGUUGAGUGAGUUGAGUGAGAUGAGUCUUCCUCCACUGGAGACCUGUGCUCCCUCAGGCUCCUGGCAGUCUGAAGAGUCUAGAGAGGUGUCACUCGUGUUCAACACUGAUCCUCUGAGGGCAAAACCAUGCUCAUUCCCAGUAAAUAAGUGCAUUUUGUGAGAAACUAACAGACAUAUUUAGAUAAAGAAGUUGCAAUUUUUAAUAUGAUGUACAUGUAAUGUAGUGUCUGAUAGAGAAAUGUAAAACUCGAACUCUAAUCAAUAUGUAUGAUAGAAAUAAUUGUGAAUUUUUUUAUAAUCAAGUUUGUGUGUGUAUUAAUCAAUGCAUUUGUAUUAA